UGGGCGCAUUAGUAAAGGCGGUAUGCUGCACACGUGGUUUAUAACCGCAAUAUCUAAAAACUCGAGGGCGAUGAGACGUCUCCCAAGGAGGAAAGAGAAAGAAUCCUUAAAUCUUGAGUAGGUGGAACGCGCAAGCGGGUCUUAAUGAAGAGCAAGAGACGAUUUCAAAUUGUAUCACGAACGCAUUGCCACAGAUAAAAACGCGGCGCUCGUCGUUGUUCAGCAAUUAUAAUCGGAAACGUUCUCGUUGUACAUUCUCAACAAAGAAGAUGGGAUUACUGAGCGACAUACAUGUCUCAACGUGCAAAUAACCCUCUAUUGUAAGCCGUGUUCAUACUAUUGCUCGCACGUUCUCUUAAAUUCCGGGUGUGUGGUGAAAGUUUGUCGUCUUCUGUAAGGGAGUGUAAGGAGCUCGAAUUCACACACGGCAGGCUCGCGUCUAUUUAGAGUUGGAUUGUGUCUUAUUUGCGUCUUCAAAAUGAAGAGGAGGGAAAAGCGCGUUCUGCAGAUGGCAUUUUUGUUCAUGGUGGCUUUAAUUUUUCUGCCAAACGUCGGCCUUUGGUCAAUGUACAGAGAGAAGAGCCUUAUGAAGUCGCAUGAGCCUGGAGAGCAGGGCUUAUCACUGGGUUUAAAUGAUGGUCACAUUUAUACCUGGACAGACGGUUUGAAAAGAAGAGAUUGGCAUGAUAAUGAGAGCAUCCGGCGAGAUGAACUACGUGUUGGGAAAGGGGAGCAUGGGAAACCAUUCCCGCUCACAGAGGACGAGUGUGAUGACUCAGUGUACAAAGAGAACGGCUUCAACAUCUACGUCAGCAACAAUAUCGCUCUGGACCGCUCCCUUCCUGACAUCAGACAUCCAAACUGUAAGCAGAAGCUUUAUCUUGAAAAGCUCCCAAACACCAGUAUUAUCAUCCCUUUCCAUAAUGAAGGCUGGUCCUCUCUGCUCAGAACCAUCUACAGCAUCACCAACCGCACACCCGACCACCUGAUUGCUGAGAUCAUACUGGUAGAUGACUUCAGUGACAGAGAUCACCUGAAAGCGAAUCUAGAGGAGUACAUGUCCAAAUUUCCUAAGGUGCGUAUCGUGCGCACUAAGAAGCGAGAAGGUUUGAUCCGCACGCGGCUACUAGGAGCGUCGGUGGCUAAAGGAGAGGUCCUUACCUUCCUGGACUCGCACUGUGAAGCCAGCAUCAACUGGCUGCCACCCCUUCUCGACCAGAUCGCCCAGAACCCCAAAACCAUUGUGUGUCCCAUGAUAGACGUGAUAGACCAUAACCACUUUGGGUACGAGGCACAGGCGGGCGAUGCCAUGCGAGGAGCCUUUGACUGGGAGAUGUACUACAAACGCAUUCCCAUCCCACCUGAGCUACAGGGACCGGACCCCAGCGACCCGUAUGAGUCUCCUGUGAUGGCUGGAGGCUUGUUUGCUGUAAACCGUCAAUGGUUCUGGGAGUUGGGAGGGUAUGACACUGGCCUUGAGAUCUGGGGAGGCGAGCAGUUUGAAAUAUCCUUCAAGGUGUGGAUGUGCGGAGGCAGCAUGUACGAUGUUCCCUGCUCAAGGGUGGGCCACAUCUACAGAAAGUACGUCCCCUACAAAGUGCCCUCAGGGACCAGCCUGGCAAGAAACCUGAAGCGAGUGGCAGAGACCUGGAUGGAUGAGUACACAGAAUACAUCUACCAGCGCCGGCCUGAGUACCGGCACCUCUCCACCGGCGACCUGACAGCUCAGAAGGAGCUACGGAAACACCUCAAGUGUAAAGAUUUCAAAUGGUACAUGAACACUGUGGCCUGGGACCUGCCUAAAUAUUACCCGCCCUUGGAGCCACCGCCAGCUGCCUGGGGAGAGAUCCGUAGUGUUGCAUCUGGCUUGUGCAUCGACUCUAAGCACGGCUCCACAGGCACCGAACUGCGGCUGGACACAUGUCUGAAAGAGGGUGCAGAGCGGACAUGGGCACAUGAGCAGAUUUUCACAUUUGGCUGGAGAGAGGACAUCAGGCCUGGAGAUCCACUACACACCAGAAAAUUCUGCUUCGAUGCCAUUAGUCAGAAUAGCCCAGUUACCCUGUAUGACUGUCAUGGUAUGAAAGGCAACCAGCACUGGGGCUACAGAAAGGAUAAGUCUUUGUACCACCUGGUGAGCAGUGGUUGCAUGGACUGUAGCCCUGGCGAUAAGCGGAUUUUCAUGAACAAGUGUGACCCCCAGUCUGAAACGCAGCAGUGGAUCUUCCAGAGAGUCAAUGCCACUGUUCUGGACAAAUUCAACAACGCAGCCAGUUCUUAGGACCUGGAGUUGUGGUCAGCCAGUCAGUUGGCUCCCACACACACCUCCCACAACCCUUCACCUGAGCCUGGACUUAAUGUCUGGCUCUGGGCUCCUCUCAAGGUUAUGCAGCAGACUAAAUGAGUGCAGGCUCUUUAAUGAGAGGACUAGAAACAGAGAGACAUAAGGCUGGUGGAAAGAACACUUCCACACAGAGCACCUUGCUGGUCAAGGAAAAAAUAGACAGCCCAGACUCUCUCAGUCUCUUUUGUGGGGUCUAACUUGGCCCCGGUCACUUCCUAUACAUUAGAACACAGAGCAACUUUAGGACUUUGAAAGUGGAGUCCAGGGAAAGAAUGUUCUGUAUCAGUCCUUGAAGAUUGCAUGGUGGAUUUGUACAAUACCAGAAACCGGAAAGAGUUUGCUCUCUUUUUUUGUAAGGCUAUUUAUUUUUCUCCAGGGAUUGUUUUGACUGUAUAAUUAUUUGUAUUUAUUCUGUGCCUUUUACAAAUUUAAGUUAUGUGAAUUGACUUGAUUUUUUCAUCUGUUGUACCUGGUAGAGUCAAAAUGGGGUGAGGCAGUGACCUAAUGACAUGAGAUAUUUCACUUUUUUCAAUGGGGUAUAUCUUGUUACAGAGUUUCUCGUCUAUAAAUAAAGCAGAAAAUGAGUAGAUGUGUUGUUUUUUCAAGUGUGUCUUUGCACUGAUGAAGUCAUGCUGAUACAUCGCUCAGGCUUAAAAAAGUCUUAAAAUUUGUGGUUUGGCUCCUUCUGGUGUUCAGUUAUCUGCAUUACAACACUUUUAAACAUUUUUAUUGGUGUCAAAUUAUUGAUUUUGCAUUAAAAGCACAGUCUUUUGUUUUGCCUUUCAAUUCACUGACCCCCAAGUCCCAUUAUUUUGAUAAUCCACUAUUGGAUAACAAAAAGCAGGUCGACAUUUUAUUGUUAUCUGACUCUUUCCUACAUGUUAAUGAUUCUUCAGUGACAGCAACUCUGAACAGGGCUGUUUCUAGUUAUAAGCUGUAUAAGUGGCCGCUAUGGGCAACCGAGCCACCUGGGGGACCCACAAAGCAAGAUUGUUUUUUAAUUUUUUGAUAUAUACUAAAAGCUGUGAGUAAGACUCAGGCAGUUGUUAUGGCUCUUUUAGACAGUUAUAGGGGGCCCUCUUGUGGCCUGAGAGGGAAGGGAGACUGUAACUGCAAGGAGAGAGUUUUAGCUAGAUGUGACAGGUAGGAUUUCGCUUAGGGCCCCCAUAUGCUCAGA